GGCACCGUCAGAUUACACCGGGUCAGGUAUCUGUACGUGUCCAUCGCGCAUAGGGGACGCGGUCAGUCUGCCAGCCAAUUGUCUCGCACUUCCGGCCCCCGGAACCCCUUAUCACGCCCAAGCUCUCGUCUGGCCUGUGAAAUAUUCCAGUGUAGAGUUCAACGACCACCACUGGGAGCUCCACGAAUAAAUACCAUUCGACUUCCCCCAGAAUUGACUAGAUAUUUCCACCAGCAUCGACAGCAAUCAUGCCGAAGACAGACUAUACACGCUGGCGACUGAAGACCGAACGCGGACGACAGACAUGGCAUUACCUCGAGUCCGACGAACAGCUUGCAGCAUGGCCCCAGGCGACCUACGACAAGUACCAUCUGGGAAUGGAUACUGGCCUCCCUACGCUUCCCGAAGCUUCAAACUCCCUCGAGGCUGCUCGUAAUGGACUGCGGUUCUUUUCCCAACUCCAGCUGCCGGACGGUCAAUGGGCUUGUGAAUACGGAGGUCCCAUGUUCCUCCUUCCGGGCCUCAUCAUCUCCUUCUACGUCACCAACACUCCCGUUCCCGAGCCAUGGAAGGUCGAAAUCAUCAACUACCUCACCGCCCGCGCAAACCCCAAGGACGGCGGCUGGGGGCUACAUAUCGAAGGCGAAUCCUCCGUUUUCGGCACAGCUCUUAACUACGUCGUCCUGCGGCUGUUGGGCAUGGGGCCGGACCACCCCGUCGCGCAGAAGGCACGCAACCGACUCCACGAGCUCGGCGGAGCGCUCGGCUCACCGCACUGGGGGAAGUUCUGGCUCGCACUGCUCGGCUGCUACAGCUGGGACGGAAUGAACCCCAUCCCGCCGGAGCUGUGGUGUCUGCCGAACUGGGUCCCGUUCCACCCCUGGAGGUGGUGGGUCCACACCAGACAGGUGUAUCUGCCCAUGUCGUACAUGUACUCGCUGCGGCACUCGCACCCAAAGAACGACCUGAUCCGCUCGCUGCGUGAGGAGCUGUACACCCAGGACUAUGCCACCAUCGAUUUCUCGAGGCACCGGAACACCGUCGCGCCGGCGGACCUAUACCAUCCCCACUCGCCGCUACUGGAUGUCGCCAAUCAUGUCCUCGGCGCCUGGGGAAGCUACGUGUGUCCGACCUUCGUCCAGAGCUAUGCGCGGAAGCACGUGUACGAUCUCAUCUGCCGCGAGGACGAGAACACGCAGUACUGCUGCCUGGGGCCCGUCAACAACCCUCUCAACUUCGUCGCGCGCUACCUGACCGAGGGCGGGGACAGCUACGCCGUCCAGCGGCACCGCGAAACGCUCAAGGAGUUCAUGUGGAUGAAGAGCGAGGGCAUGCUGAUGAACGGCACGGACGGCGUGCAGACGUGGGACACCAGUUUCCUGGUGCAGGCGGUAGUCGAGUGCGAGCUCACGGAGGAGCCCGAGUUCAAAGAGAUGCUCAUCAAAGCCCUCGAGUUCCUCGAGGAUCAGCAGAUCCGCGAGAACUGCCCCGAGAUGGACAAGUGCUACCGGCAGACGCGCAAAGGCGCGUGGGCGUUCAGCAAGCGCACGCAGGGGUACACGGUGAGCGACUGCACGGCCGAGGGGCUCAAGGCGGUGAUGAUGCUGCAGUUCACGCCGGGCAUGCCCAAGCUCGUCGACGACCGCCGCUGCAUGGACGCCGUCGACGUCAUGCUCACCAUGCAGAACGCCGACGGCGGCUUCGCCUCCUACGAGCCGAUCCGCGCCGGCCCCUGGGCAGAACACCUCAACGCCGCAGAGGUCUUCGGCAAGAUCAUGGUCGAGUACUCCUACCCCGAGUGCACCACCGCCGUCGUCACCAGCCUCGCGCUGUUCCGCGAGCAUUAUCCCAAAUACCGCGCCACCGAGAUACAAACCACCAUCCACCGCGCCAUCGGCUUCAUCAAGAACUCGCAGCGCCCUGACGGCAGCUGGUACGGUGCGUGGGGCAUCUGCUUCAACUACGCAAACAUGUUCGCGCUGGAGUCUCUCGCGCUCACCGGCCACACGUGGGAGAACUCGCCCGUCGUCCGGAAGGCGUGCGAGUUCAUCGUCAGCAAGCAGAUGGACGACGGCGGGUGGGGCGAGGGUUACAUGAGCUCCGUCAAGGCGGAGUAUAUACAUCACGAGAAAUCGCAGGUUGUCAAUACGGCCUGGGCGUGCAUUGGACUCAUGAAUGCGAAGUAUCCCAAGAAGGAGGAGAUCGAGAGGGGGAUUAAGUUGCUGAGGAGCAGGCAGCAGCCGAAUGGAGAGUGGCUGCAGGAGGCCAUCGAGGGCGUGUUUAAUAAGAGCUGUAUGAUCUCGUAUCCGAACUACAAGAACGUGUUCUCGAUCAAGGCGCUGGGGAUGUUUGCUCGGCAGUACGAGCAUAUCGAGUAAUGUCUAGUGUGAAGCAUGCUACAGGAAGCAUGCUACAUGUGGUUAUGAUGGAUGGAUGGACGGUUAAUGUAAUACCCUGGGGAUGGUGCAUUUGGUGCAUUUGGGGGAGGAGUGUAAUGGGUCUGGGAAUUCCGGAUGAACGUUUGUGGGUUUGUCUAGACGGGCAAUUGAAUAUCGAUUACUCAUG